AUGGUUCGUGUCUUGGUUCCAUAUAUUUUGCUUCUGACAUUUGCGUCUAGAACUGACACCUCUUCUAUAAGUGAUGCAAACGCACUUUUCAACAAUUUAUCUUCUGGUUAUAACAAGGAGGUCAGACCAGUCGGUAACCAGGGAGACAGUUUACCAGUAUAUAUUAAUAUGUUCCUUAUUUCUAUCAAGGAUUUUGAUGAAGUUUCUGGAACACUGAGUAUCCUCGCCGUAUUUGUUAUAAACUGGAAUGAUGCGUCCUUGGUUUGGAAUCCAAGUUUAUAUGGUGGGUUGUUGGAAACAUACAUCGGGCAAAAUAAUGUAUGGCUUCCGAAACUCUACAACAUCAAAGCGUCAAACACAUUCUCUGCCAUCAGUAACGCUGAUUUUUUGGUGAAGAUAAGCAACGACGGUGAAAUCAUUUGGAAACCCGGCUGCUUCAUAGACGUCAAAUGUAGCACGGAUGUUUCGUACUUUCCGUUUGAUACACAAACGUGUUCAAUACAAUUAGCACCAUGGGGUUACUCAAACCUACAAGUCACGCUCAUGCCACAGACAACAGACCUAUCACUGGAGUUUUAUGAAACCAAUGGAGAAUGGUCCUUGGAUAAAACUAAAACUGGUACUGAUGUUAUCAGCGAUAUUAGUCUAGCUGUUUUUAAUAUAACAAUUACAAGACUUCCGGCCUUUCACAUUGUCAAUACACUGAUGCCUAUCUACUUGCUACUGUUGAUGAAUCCACUGGUAUUCAUGUUGCCUUGCGACUCAGGAGAACGUGUUGGAUUUAGUCUGACCGUGUUUCUCACCUUUACCGUUUUUAUUACUAUCGUCAAUUCGGUCCUUCCAGCCAACUCAGAAAGCAUGUCUAGACUCUCCUACUUCAUCUUUGCUGUCCUCGUCGCCAGUGGCAUCAUCGCAUCCGUCAACAUUUUCCAACUUCGCAUAUACUACAGGGACGAAAAUAUACCGGUGCCUAGGUGGCUGGUCAGGUUCAUGAACAUCCUCGAUUGCCAAUGUAAGUCGAGAAGAGUCAGUGCGGUUAUUCCAAAGAAAAUUGAACCAAAAUCUUCAAACAAAAAUCUCAACAAGACAGGACCGAUGAUCCAAAUGGAAGAAGACACAGAGGAGGAAACAAAGUAUGAAAUGACAUGGCAUGAAGUAGUGCGCAUUCUGGAUACAUUCUUCAUAUGGUCGUCCUAUACAGUAAUAACUGCAUGUGGCAUUGUUGCUCUACUCCUAAUGUAUAAGGGCACAUAG